AAUUAUUCUCUCUCCAUGGAUUGCACUAUUUUUGAGAACAGUGUUGAGUACAGUGUCUCUAUACGCCAGCACUCAACCACUCGGCCGCUUACCGCUGAGCUAACCCGCACUAAAGUCCUCCGCAAAAAAAUCCAUCUCUUCAUGGACGAAAGAAAACCUUUAGUGUCUCUACCCGAUCAAACCAUCGAACAUCACACCAGCUUUAUUUCACUACUGAACCAACCCACUUACUCCACAAACAAUCAAACCGUCGUCGCCAGUAUCGUUCGUCGUUGUCCCAACGAAGCCACCAUUAUCUCCAGACCAAGCAAGAGCACUACUAAUUACUACUCACUAGACUACACCAGAAUAUCAGAUAUCAUGAGCAGCUUCGGCGUCACCAAAUACGGUUGCUCCACCCUCUUGCGCGAUAUCGACAUGGCUGUUAAAUCAUCACCAUCGAGAGGCAGAGGAAUGGUUGAAAUCAAGAUUUGGAGGAUCAGGACUGAGGUUUAUAAAUUCAACAGAGCUGCAGAGAGGUUGUUGGUCAAGAGCUACGAUCCACCGGGGUACAGGUCGGCUAUACCUAUAGAUUUGGAUUCGAUGAGGGAGGAGAAGCAAGAAUGCGUGAUUUGCAUGGAAAGUUAUUCGUACGGANACUCCACAAACAAUCAAACCGUCGUCGCCAGUAUCGUUCGUCGUUGUCCCAACGAAGCCACCAUUAUCUCCAGACCAAGCAAGAGCACUACUAAUUACUACUCACUAGACUACACCAGAAUAUCAGAUAUCAUGAGCAGCUUCGGCGUCACCAAAUACGGUUGCUCCACCAUCUUGCGCGAUAUCGACAUGGCUGUUAAAUCAUCACCAUCGAGAGGCAGAGGAAUGGUUGAAAUCAAGAUUUGGAGGAUCAGGACUGAGGUUUAUAAAUUCAACAGAGCUGCAGAGAGGUUGUUGGUCAAGAGCUACGAUCCACCGGGGUACAGGUCGGCUAUACCUAUAGAUUUGGAUUCGAUGAGGGAGGAGAAGCAAGAAUGCGUGAUUUGCAUGGAAAGUUAUUCGUACGGAUCAGUAGUGACUAAAUUGCCAUGUAACCAUGACUUUCAUGGAGUUUGCAUCUACGACUGGUUGCAACUCAAUCGUCUGUGUCCCUUGUGUCGAUCGCCAAUUACUAAAGGUGUUCAAUCCGGAUUUCAGUUCUGUUUUGGUUCGGUUGUUCAGUUUGUAAAAUUAUGAAAACUAGUUACAAUAUUUAGUUUGGUUUGGAUAUGGUCCGUAAUUAUGUUUUCUGCUGUUCUUAUAAUUGUGAACACAA